AUGGAGCUUAUGCAUUGCUUCGAGCCAGGGUGCAAGAAUGAGGCUGAAUACUCGUGCCCAUGCACCUCUCCUGAAACUCUAUUCUGUGAACUGCAUCGGUUAAAGCAUAUGAAAAUCCCUAACAGAGCUCAUGCUUGCAACUCGAUUUUUGUAGAGCCAUGCCAAGGGACAAAAGAAGAAAUUCUUAAGUUUCUUACAAGAGAAAACUCAAAAAAUAGCAAGCUAAGGGGAAAGAUCCUAGCAUCCUUUAGCAAGCGCUUACUUGAAUCAGAAAAUGAUAUUGAAGAACUCUUAAAAAAUCUUGGAUUCAGGCUCAGCUGAAAUAAGCAAUUAUUUUACAAAAAUUUCUCAAGCUCAAAAAUUAUUAAAAUCAGAGCAAGACCCGAUUUUAGGACUAUUGAGUUUACAACCUGAUGAAGCUAUUGAGAAACUAAAAAAGAUUAUUCCAGCCAAUCAAGAAUGGUCCAAAAGUGCAAAGCUAUUUUGUGUGCUCAGUGAAAAAAUUGAAAAAAUGAUUGAGUGUUUUAUUGGGGAUAA